CGCCCAUCAUGAAGUUCGGCGCCGGCUUGCUGGUGCUGGCGACCCUGGCCUCCCAGACUCUGGGUCUGGCCAUUGGUGGGAAGCCGCAUCAAAUGAUUAAGCCUUACAAGCGUGAGCUACUGCAGGAUAUCGUCACUUGGGACGAACACUCGCUCUUCGUGAAUGGAGAGCGCAUCGUUUUCCUCAGUGGCGAGUUCCACCCUUACAGACUUCCAGUCCCUUCUCUGUGGCUUGAUAUCUUCCAGAAGAUUAAGGGUCUGGGCUUCAAUGGCGUCUCAUUCUACGUUGACUGGGCCCUGCUCGAAGGCAAGCCUGGCGAGUUCAGCGCCGAAGGAAUCUUCGCCUGGGAACCCUUCUUCGAAGCUGCAACCCAAGCUGGUAUCUACUUGAUUGCACGACCUGGUCCUUACAUCAAUGCUGAAGUCUCUGGUGGUGGAUUCCCGGGCUGGCUCCAAAGGAACCAGGGUAUUCUGCGCACCAACCAAACGGAGUAUCUGGAGGCUACGGACCUAUACGUCCAGUCCAUCUCAGAGAUCAUCGCCCCGUACCAGAUCACCGAAGGCGGCCCUGUCAUUCUGCUGCAGCCAGAGAACGAGUACAGCGGUGCCACCGAUGACAUCAAGUUCCCUGACCCUGACUACAUCGCGUAUGUCGAGGAGCAAUACAGGAAAGGAGGAUUUGUGGUGCCCACCAUUGCCAAUGAUGCCGGCACCAACGGAUACCUUGCACCAGACACGCCCUCUGGCUUCGACAUCUACGGCCACGAUGGCUAUCCGCUGGGCUUUGAUUGCGCGAACCCGUACACUUGGCCAGAUGGCAAGCUUCCUACGAACUGGCGGUCGGUACAUCUGGCGACGAGCCCAGAGACCCCUUAUUCGAUUGUUGAGUUCCAAGGAGGUGCCUUUGAUCCCUGGGGCGGCCCUAGCUUCGGCCAAUGUGAAAUCUUGCUGAACAACGAAUUUGAGCGUGUCUUCUACAAGAACAACUACGGCUUCGGUAUUACGUUGUUCAACAUCUACAUGAUCUUCGGUGGAACUAACUGGGGCAACCUGGGGCACCCGGGAGGCUAUACUUCCUAUGACUACGGCUCAGUCAUCAAGGAGAACAGAGUCAUUGAUCGUGAGAAGUACAGCGAGUUGAAGCUUCAGGGCAACUUCAUCCAGGCUUCUCCGGCUUACUUGACUGCCGUUCCUGCCAAUGGUACCACCAACGGAACGUUUACUGGAAACCCUGCGCUCACUGUCACCCCUCUGUUUGGGGAGAAGACCAACUUCUUCGUCAUCCGUCACUCGGCCUACAACUCUCUGGACUCCACGAGCUACAGGAUCACGCUUCCGACCAGCGCCGGAAACAUCACCGUCCCGCAGCUCAACGGCACUCUUUCCUUGAACGGUAGAGACUCGAAGUUCCACGUCACCGACUACGACGUCGGCGACUACAACCUUCUCUACUCCACCGCGGAGAUCUUCACGCAAAAGAAGUACGACGACAAGACCGUGUUGGUCGUGUACGGUGGUCCAGAGGAACUUCACGAACUGGCUUUCUCCGAUGCCACGGGCGCCAAGCUCGUCGAGGGCUCCGGCGUGACCAUUGCGUCGAAGAAUGGCGCAACUGUCCUGAACUGGAAGACCACGACCUCGCGCAGGAUCGUUAAGGUGGAAGACGACCUCUAUGUCUACAUCCUUGACCGUAACUCGGCUUAUGACUACUGGGUUGUUUACCCUGCUGAUGGCUCGUCGACUCCUUACACCGGCUCCGCGAAGAGCAAUGCAAAUGGUCUCAUCGUCCAAGCCGGAUACCUCUUGCGCAACGUUACUGUCAGCGAUGGCACGAUCGCACUCGUGGGCGAUGUCAACGCCACCACCCCCGUCGAAAUCAUCGGCGGUGCAUCAUCGUCUCUCAAGACCUUGACCUUCAACGGCGAGCCUAUCCCCUUCAACCAGACCGCCACCGGUUCCGUCCUCAGCAGCGUCAGCUACGACGUGCCCAACUUCGACCUUCCAGACCUCAGCACCGUCACCUGGAAAUACCUCGACACGCUCCCCGAGAUCACGGACGACUACUCCGAUGACGCAUGGAAUGAGGCCUCGCUCACAGAGACCAAGAACACUCUCCGCAAGCUGACGACGCCCACAAGUCUCUACGGCAGCGACUACGGCUACCACACGGGCACGCUGCUCUUCCGCGGGCACUUUACAGCCACGGGCGCCGAGAAGACGCUCUACGUAUCGGCGGAGGGCGGGUCAGCGUUCGGCUUCUCCGCUUGGCUCAACGGAACCUUCCUCGGCUCCUUCGCCGGGUACGACGCCGCGUCGAUAGGCAACGCGACAUUCACGCUGCCGACCGGCCUCGAGGCCGAGGCGCACUACGUCAUCACAGUCGUGGUAGACAACAUGGGCCUGAACGAGGACUGGACCGUCGGCACGGACGAGAUGAAGAACCCACGCGGCGUGCUUGCGUACGAACUCGACGGCCACGACGACCAAGCCGACGUCACCUGGAAGCUGGCCGGCAAUCUGGGCGGCGAGGACUUCAAGGAUAAGACGCGCGGGCCGCUGAACGAGGGCGGCCUGUUCGCCGAGCGCAACGGCUUCCACCUCCCCGGCGCGCCGAGCGAGGACUGGGAGGACGCGCCGGCCGGCGGCCCGCUGGCUGGCAUCGACGAGCCGGGCGUCGCGUUUUACGCUACGAGUUUCGACCUCGCCCUCCCGUCGGGCUGGGACAUUCCGCUGUCGUUUGUGUUCGGCAAUGCGUCUGAGGCGUCGGCCUCUGCUUCUGCUUCUGCUUCGGCGCAGAAGGCUAAUGGCACCGCGUCCGCGACGGCGGCUUAUCGCGUCCAGUUCUUCGUCAACGGUUUCCAGUUCGGCAAGUACGUGCACAAUGUCGGCCCACAGGAUGCGUUCCCCGUCCCGCCCGGCGUGCUCGACUACAGUGGGCCGAAUUACGUCGCGCUGAGCUUGUGGGCGCUCGAGGAGGGUGGGGCGAGGCUUGAGAGCUUGGAGUUGGUUGCUGGCACGCCGGUUAAGAGCGGGUUUGGCGAUGUGGCGGUCUUGGAUGUCAGCCAGUGGAGUGAGCGGGAGGGAGCAUUUUAG